CCUCAAGCCAUCUAAAUUUUUAUCGGUCCUUCAGUCAAGACCUUAGAGAAUAUUUGUUAACUUCUACGCUGCACGGUCUUCGCUACAUCGGUGAAAAAAAACUGACUUGGUUUGAACGGUUCUUCUGGUUAAUCGCGUUUGGUAGUUCCUUGAUAUGCGCAGGAUUCUUCAUUUUAAAUGUUUACGCAAAAUGGCGAAUGUCACCUAUGAUCGUAAGCAUUAAUCCAGAAAACAUGCCUCUUCAUAAACUACCAUUCCCUGCACUCACGAUCUGCAACGUCAAUCAAGCUAAGAAAUCAGUUGCUGAACGAUACAAAAAGUUUGGCGAUUCGAUCGACAUAAAGCUGCUAGAAAGUCUGUGUUCAGAUCAGACGGAUGCUGAUAUUUUUGAAGAUAAUAUUGCUGGAAACGCCGACUGGGACCAUACACGCUCUUUUCUUAUCAAUGUAACCCAACCGUGCAACGAGAUGCUAUCAUUAUGUAUUUGGAAUUCAGCGAGUAUGAAUUGUCAAGACCUGUUCAAUGCCCAGCUCACUGAUGAAGGUCUUUGCUGCACAUUUAACGUGGUCCAUCGGGAAAAUAUGUUCCGGAAUCCUAGAGACCUAAAUGACAUGAACAUAACAUUUCCGUUACCGUCUGUGGAUUGGACUCCUGAAAGUGGAUUCCCAGACAAUGCACCGGCUGACGGAUUUCCUUGGAGGGCAAAGGGAAUCGGAACUGAUCAUGGUUUAACAUUAGUGUUAGAUGCUAAUGUUGCUGAAUACUAUUGUGCGUCUACCAAAAGCCCCGGUUUUAAGAUACUUCUACAUAACCCGACAGAAACGCCGAAUAUAGCAAAACUAGGGGAGGUUUAUGGGCCCGGGAUUGAGGCUCGUGUGGCAAUACAACCUAGGAUUCUAGACGCGCAACCGACUUUGAAAUUCAUUGAUGUUAAUAAAAGACUUUGUCUCUUCUCCAGUGAAAAGAAACUAGUCUUCUACAGAACUUACACACUGAGGAACUGCGAAAUGGAAUGUGAAGCUCGUAUUAUGUUGGAUGUUUGCAAAUGUGUGCUUUACUACAUGCCGAAAAAUAAGACAACUCGUGUAUGUGGCAAAGCAGACGCUAAAUGUUACGGCAAUAUGAAGAAAUAUGUUCCUCGUGGGCGCGAGAGAGCUUGCGAGGAAUGUCUUCCAGCUUGCACAGAGAUCUCUUACUUCGAGAGACCGAGCAGCGCGAUGCUAAGCAAAUUUCUCGUAGGCCACUACAUCCAGAGCAUUACCCUAGCGCAAAACAAAACCGCAGAAUAUUUUACUGAAAACAUGUUAGUAAUUCAUUUUUACUUUGAAGAUAAUUCAUUCAUGAGAUUCACAAAAGGAGAAAUAUUCGGACUCACGGAAUUUUUAUCGAACACUGGUGGACUUCUUGGUCUCUGCAUGGGCUUCAGUAUGAUGAGUGCAGUGGAACUCUUAUACUACAUCACAUUACGAGUCUUAUGUGUUGCGAGACAAAGUAAAUCUAUACAACCAUUUAAUAAAUAAAUGAU